AUGGCCGAGCACGCCCUGCUUAACCACCUCACUGACAAUCUCGAGUCUAACGAAUGCUAUACACACAACAUGAUUGGCUUUCCGCCGGGGCUUUCGACUCAGAACGCCAUGAGACUUAUCAAGUACCACAUCAUUGACUCUACCUCCGCCGACACUAAGGCAAUUCUCGGCUUGGAUCUGGAAAAGGCUUUUGACAACAUAUCGCAUGCCUUUAUUCUCAAGAGCUUGACAGGGUGUCACGUUGGUAAACGGGCGUACAAUUUUGUGCGCUACUUCCCUUUCUCGAGGUCCACUAGACUCAAGAUUGACGAGUUUUUGACCCAUGAAAUUCAGCUUGGGCCAAAGGGAACAUCUGAGGGGGUGGUGAUCUCCCCCACGCUGUUCAACAUCUCCCUGAUCAACCUCUCGAGGGCCUUGAACAAAAUACCAAUCAUUAACCACACGAUCUACGCUUAUGACAUCACCAUCUGGUGCUCCAGCGGCUGUGAGGGUCAGGUCGAGGGUGCUUUGCAAGAGGCCAUCGAUGUGACGGAGCGGUAUCGUAUCCCCACCGGGCUAAGGUGCUCGCCCGCUAAAUCUGAGCUCUUGCUCUACAAGAAGAGGCUCGGAGGUGGUUCUCACCGGUCCUGGAAGCCAGCAAAAGAGAGCCACAUUACGUUAUUCACCGGUAAGGGCUCCCCAGUACCGCGGGUAGACACUAUCAGGGUCCUAGGAAUGUUUAUCGAGUCGAACGGGGCUAAUGGAGGAGCCCUCAAACGCAUUUGUUCUAAGGCCGAAAGCACCCUGGGCCUAAGCCGAAGAAUCGCCAACAGGUACCGCGGAAUCAGGGAGGACAAUCUGAUCCGAAUUAUCCACGCCUUCGUGCUAUGCCACCUCGCCUAUUCAAGGGCUAUGCAGAACUGGCUCGUAUCAGAGCGCAACAAGAUCAGUGCUCUAAUCAGAAGGGUUUUGAAUCUUUCCCUCGGCCUUCCCAUCCGAACGCACACAAAAGACCUCCUGAUUUUGGGAAUUCACAACACGUUCGAAGAAAUCGUUGAAGCCCAAUAA